UUUCAGAAGACAAUGGACACAGGAAAUCAUUCCACAGUGACAGAAUUUAUCCUUAUGGGAUUAACAGACCAGCCAGAACUCCAGAUCCCCCUCUUCUUACUUUUCCUACAGAUAUACAUUAUCUCAAUGAUAGGGAAUUUGGGCUUAUUUCUACUUAUCAGGAUAAGUUCUCAGCUUCACACUCCCAUGUAUUAUUUUCUCAGUAACUUGUCCUUUAUUGACUUAUGUUUUUCCUCUGUAAUUACCCCCAAAAUGUUGGUGAGUUUCGUAUCGGAGAAGAAUAUCAUUUCCUAUUCGGGGUGCUUGACACAGUUCUUUUUCUUCUGUACUUUCUGUAUGGCUGACCUCUUCAUGUUGUCAGCCAUGGCCUAUGAUCGUUAUGUUGCCAUCUGUAGCCCUCUGAUCUAUACCACCACCAUGUCCCAGAGAACUUGCUUUCUGCUAGUGGUAGGGGUGUAUACUAUGGGGGUCUUUGGAGCCAUGACUCAUACAUGUGGUCUAAACAGAUUAUCCUUCUGUAGAAAUAAUGUAAUUAGUCAUUAUUUUUGUGAUGUUCCUCCCCUUUUGAAGCUUUCCUGCUCUAGUACUCACCUCAAUGAGCUUUUGGUAAUGCUUCUGGUUGGAAUCAGCUCAUUAAUAACCACUAUACCUAUCGUGAUUUCUUAUGCUUUCAUCCUCUCCAAUAUCCUCAGCAUCCAUUCUGCUAAAGGCAGAUCCAAAGCCUUCAGUACCUGUGGAUCUCACAUGGUAACUGUUGCUCUCCUCUAUGGCUCCACCAUUUUCAUGUACUGUCAACAUGCAACAGAUAGCAACCUCACUCAACAGAAAGUGGCCUCAGUGAUCUAUACCACAAUCAUCCCCAUGCUGAACCCCUGGAUUUAUAGUCUGAGGAAUAAGGAUGUAAAGGAGGCACUGAAGAAAAUCAGGAAUGACUGGACAGUCCCUUGGCAUAAGUGGCACAAUUAA